GCCGCCGCCUGCCCCGCCGAGCCUGCCCAGUCCGGACUCUGUGAGCUCAUGGCUCCUGGUCUGAGGGCAUUAACCAGCUGCAGGAGUGAUUUCUUACCCCAUGCCCAGGGACACUGUAUGCUCCAGUAUGGUCCACAUCAACAUCCUCAGAAGGAUUAUGUAUGGGCUCUUGGCCUUCCUCCUCUUCCUCACCAUCUGCCUGUGGAAUGAAUCAAAGAAAGGCUACUCUGUUUCCUUUAGAUUAGACUCAAAAGGCUUCCAGCUGCCCAGGAACCUGGAAAAUUUGUCUAGGAGGAUGGGUUCAAAGCCCGUGAACAUCACCACUAUGACGGACCCCCAAAGAGAGAGCAGGGUCCCACAAACCGGAACCAAGGUGGAGAAAUUAAAUUACAAGGUCUGGGAUAAGGACAGCAACUCCAAAAACCUCCCUGCUAGGCUGCAGAAGGUCAGGAAGAACUAUUUGCACAUGAACAAAUACAACGUGACCUUUGAAGGAACGCGCCAACUGGAGAAGCUCAGCGCCAGUGCCUUGCUAUGCCAACUCGCCAAUCGGGUGAAAGUCACCAUGAUCCAGGGGACUGACUUCCCCUUCAACACGUCUGAAUGGGAAAACUAUCUCCCUCCAAAGAAUAUCCGAGAGAGCUUUGGACGACUGAGCACGUGCGCUGUCGUCUCAUCUGCUGGAUCCCUGAAGGCUUCCUACUUGGGUGAAGAAAUAGACAAUCAUGAUGCCGUCUUGAGGUUUAAUGGGGCACCCACAAAGAAAUAUGAACAGCAUGUAGGAGAGAAGACAACCUUUCGUCUGGUCAACUCUCAGUUGAUCACUACAGACAAGAACUUCCUUGGUGACAGUUUAUAUAAAAAUGGAAUCUUAAUCAUGUGGGACCCCUCUCCGUACCAUUCUGAGAUCCCAGAGUGGUACAAGAAACCCGACUACAAUUUCUUUCAAAACUACAAGCAAUAUCGCAAACUGAACCCCAACCAGCCCUUCUAUAUCCUCAACCCCAAGAUGCCAUGGGAGCUUUGGGACAUCCUCCAGGAGAAUUCCCCAGAGGAUAUUCAACCAAAUCCCCCGUCCUCAGGGAUGAUCGAUGCAUGAGAGCCAGCACUCACUCAUCUCUGCCUUCUAGGCAAAGACGCAUCUUGGGAACUCCUGGCAGAGAAAAAGAAGAAGAAGAAAAGAUUGGAUAAAUGGGACUGGCAGGCUAAGGGUUGGUUCAAUGCAAUUCUUUUGAGAAGGGGCCACCUCAAAUCCCACCUCUUCCAUGAAG